GCAGUAACUGUCAGAGGUUUCAUCUCACACGUAUGUUUUUAUCAUUUUGAAACCGGCUAGUCCCGUGAAACAUGAAGAUGCCGUGGUUACAAGGCAGCGCAGAUGGCGUCGCCGUCGCAAAGAGGCUUCCGCGCAACGACUAUUACCAAGCAGCCGCGCCAUGGUCGUCGUGUGCCCCUAUACCAGCACGCCGUCGACACUCACGACCGCACGCGCCUACUGCAGCGCGCCAAGCGCCGCGUGCUCUGUCGACGCCACCUGCACGCGGAUCGGCGCCGCCAUAGCCGUGACGACAGCAACCCCCGCUUUUCGCAACAUCUCGAGCGUCGGUGAUAUGACCGAGUGGCCGACCGAUGUGCCCUUGCGAUUCGACACGUGCCCUGGCCUGCGCACCGACCACAUUAAGCUCCCAACGGCGCUUCAGGACUUACGCUUCCUUGAGUGCGGAUGGACAACGGUCCCCGCUGCGUUGGCGUACCCGCCGUCGCUCCGCCAAGUGCACCUUAGUCGCAAUCCGCUGACGGCUGUACCAGCGGGCCUUCCGGCCGCCCUUGAUGCGCUAUAUCUCGACGGGUGCCUUCUCACGGCGCUUGAGCAGCUGCCACCGCAGAUCGGCUCCUUACAUCUCGAGAGCAACCGUCUCUCAACGCUGAGCAACGUGGACUUUGACGUUGCAAACUUGUACCUCGGCGAGCUUCCCGCGGCAAAUAUUCUCUUCCACGACACUCCUGGCAACCCUAUCCACACCAUUUUCAACGUCACGAUUUCAACACGGUUGCGCCUCAUCGACUGUCCGCAGUGCGCCAUCACAACGUUUGUCGUCAACGAAGCCGCCUACACCGCGCUGCAAGCCGCCACCUUGUCGUUUGAGAGCAUUGCUUUCAACGCAACGGCGUGCAACGCUGUACACGGCCGACCUGCCAUCUUGCACAAGUGGUCGAUCUGUGUCCUGCCUGACCCUGACGCAACAACGGACGGGCCAUCGACGACCACGAUCGUCGAGAUCGUCGCGGGGUGCUUUGUGCUUGUCAUGGCGGCAACCUUGCUCUUUGUGUGGCGUCGCCGCCGCCAGCACCGGAACUCGUCGACGGUCGUCUUUGAAGUCUACGACGAUUGCGACCUGACGCCCACCUCCAUGUACGAGCCGCGCGAGACGCUCGACUCGUGCUCGCUCAUAGUACCCGAGCUCGACACCAUCAAGCACCUGCGUCUCGAGGCCAGCGACGUCCUCCUCCUCGCGCCCAUGAGCCAAGGCUCGUACGGCGAGGUGUGGCAAGCCCACUAUCAAAAAGACACGAUCGCGAUCAAGAAACCGAUGCCGUCGUUCCUCUCGGCCACCAACAUGCGGCGGAUGAUUGCCGAGAUCUUGCUGCUCUCUCGCCUCUCGUCUCCCUUUGUGGUGACACUCCUUGGCGCGUGCUGGAACCGACCCAUGGACCUCAUGAUGGCGAUGGAGUACAUGGAUGGCGGCAACCUCCAAGGCCACUUGGCGCGCCACUGCCAAACCAGCUUGCCCUGGAGCUUCAAGCUCCAAUGCUUGGUGCAGAUUGCCCAGGCCCUCGCUUACCUCCAUGCGAUACCCGUCGUCCACCGCGAUCUCAAAUGCAAGAACGUCCUUCUGGAUGAGAAAAAGGGCACCAAACUCGGCGGCUUUAGCAUUUCGCGCGAGACGAGCGCGACCAUGACCUUGGGCGCCGGCGGACACCGCUGGAUGGCGCCCGAAGUGCUUCACGCCGCCGACUACUCGACGGCCGUCGACAUUUUUUCUUUUGGCAUGGUGCUCACCGAGUGCGAUUCGCACCGCGCACCGUACGAUCGGGAGUUGGACCCGGACACGGGCAAACUCCUCGCCGAAGUCGCGAUCGCGCGCCGGGUGUCCAUGGGGGAGCUCACGCCAACGUUCACGAGCACGUGCCCAGCGUGGCUCGAAGCUCUCGCAACCCGCUGCAUUGACUUGACACCGCAGAACCGACCGACGGCCGCCGAUCUUUUGCGCGAUCUGCAAGCGCUCUUGGCGGCCGAGCGACGCGACAACGACAUCGAAAUCGACGAUGACGACGUGCGCGGGGACAGUCGCGACAGCCUAACUUAA